AUGCGACUUCUUAUACUUCUGUUAUUUUUAAUAAAACAAGCAUGUGGACAGUCAUAUCAGCAGGAUUACUCGCCACUCCUAGAUCAAAAUACUUCACCAUCCAAUCCGGGCUUGUAUCUGCGUUUGAUGCCCACAGGUUUGGCUUACAUGAGAGAAAUUGGCUUAAAAGUUGUCAACGAACAAGUUCUGAAAAUAGCUUUGCCAACCAUUAAAGAACGAAUUGACAAUGGAGAGGUUUCCAUCGUGAAUGCUUAUAUCUCCAAGUAUUGGGCGCCACAGGAGUACUCUUUAGAUCUAGUUGAACCAAAUGUUUUCACCUGGAGUAUGUCAAAAAUGCAUAUAAGAGCUGCCGGAGAAUUUCAAGCUUCCAUAAAUAGCCCUCUGCUUCUGCCUACUGUUCCUAUUACCGGACAUUUUGAAGCAUUAUUAGGACAUCUGGCCUUGACCAUUUCUGUUCGCCUCGAAAGAAAUGCCUUCGGCAAUCCACAAGUUCGAUCAGCUUCAUGUCAAUCAUCCAUUGGAUAUGUUGACUUGAACGUCCGUAACACAGGAGUGAUCACUGAUUUCUUCAUAAACGCUUUCAAGGCUUUCCUCAUUGCCCACUUCAAACCUCAGGUCGAACAGAGAAUGUGCAACAUGAUUGAAAACAUAAUUGAUAAGGACAUGAAUAAUCUGUUGAGUACAAUGCCUUUGAAGAUUCGAAUAAAUGAAGAUAAUGUUGAUGUGAUUGGUACAGCUUUUGGUGUAGAUAAACCAAAGAGUAAAUUGGGACAGAAAGGUCUCAAGAACUUCACUCUCAUUCAUUUUGUGAACAACUUACGUGAACGUGAUUUGGUAUUGGAUUAUCAAUUGACAUCUGACCCAUUCGUUCAAGGAGGUGCCGUCGCUAUGAUGGCCAAGGGUGAAAUUUCAUGGAGAGGGUUGGGCGGAACUCCUUUCAAUCCACCAAAUAUCAAAGUCCCAGCUCCACACGGCGUUCACAUGAUAGAAUUUUAUGCUUCUGAUUAUUUGGCAAAUUCCAUGCUAUAUCAUGCUUAUAAACAACAUUUGAUGGAUGUCGUUGUGGGACCAGAAAGUAGCCCCCAAUUAAAGGACUUAUUAACAACCACAUGUAAUGGAGGCUUUUGUAUCGGAGAAUUUCUGGGUGAUCUGAAUGAGAAAUUCCCAGAUCGUGAAGUUGAAGUUGUCUUUACUGCUCGCAAAUCACCACUGAUCGUUUUUGUGGAGAAUCGUGCAAGAUUCCGUCUACAUGGCCGAAUGAACUUGUUUGUUCGACCAAAAAAUAAAAGUCAAGUCAAAGAAUUGAUUAUUCGAUCAGAUGCCACUAUGACAGCUAAUGUCUACAUGUGGUUGACGGACUCAAGAAUCGUUGGAAACGCUACAAUUGAGAAUUUAGAUUUCAAACUGUUAGAAUCGAAGUUGGAAGAUGUUGAUCAAGCUUCUUUCGGUGAUCUGGGAUUGUUUGGUGCUGAAUUCCUGGAGAAGUUGUUGACAGAAAUCUUACAGUUAGGCAUCAAAAUGCCUUCUAUGCAAGGAGUUGUAUUGAAAAGCCCAAAAUUAUCGUUCCACGAUCGCUAUUUGAAAGUUCAGACAUACUUCAAGUUGGAUGAAAAGUAUGCAGGAAGUUUAGUACGAGGAGCAGUCAAGCAGAGUUUGAUAAACGCUGGAUGA